AUGAAAGGAUAAUUUGAUGAUGAAGAGGAAAAUGAGAAUCUUAUUGAGACUGAAUAAAAAGGGUUGGAUUAUUUUUUAACGAAGGUCAAGAUAGUUAUUUUCAAAGUUUUGUUUGUUUUGGCCAAAGAAGAAAAGGCUGAUGAUUAAAUGAUUUACUUUUACAUUCUGACUUCUUUGGAUUAUGUCUAGAUGCAUUCAUUUCCAUUCAAUAAUAAAAUACUCUAUGUUUGGAAAGCUGACUCAUUUUUAACCAAUAUUUUAAAUUUUGUAAAUGUGUUUUCAAUAUCAACAUAUGUACCUAAUUUAUCAUAUUUCGCAUUGUUAGUCUCAGUCUAUGUUUGUUUAAGCGCAAUUUUGUUGAUAAUUUUGAAUAUCAUUUACGUCUCAUACUCAUUUUCAUAGAACAAGUUUAAAUUUAUGUGGCCUGUCUAUGUAUUGAGAUAGGUGGCAUUUUAUUUUGUGACCGUGUUUUUUUUACCCAUCACAGAAACCUUAACCUCAAUACUCCAAUGCUACAAUGACCCAGUCACUAAUGAAUAUGUCAUUUAUGGAUAUGAUGAAAUAAAUGUGUAAUGUUGGCAAGGAUGGCAUAUAUUCCACGCCCUCAUAACAUUACUAUUCAUGCUGAUAUUUGUAGUGAUAUGUGCCAUAGUGGCUUAUGCAUUUUUUGAGCCAGGCAUGACUAGUGGUAAUAGAACAGCCAGAUAAGACAGUAAUGGAGAAGUUGCAUUUAUCAUUAAUAAAGUUACAUGCCAAGUAUUGUAUUGCUUCUUGGGUAAAAAUGAAUCAUGGAUAUUGGUUUUGACAACAUUCACACUAUCUGCUUGGUUGUUUAAAGAGUAUAAUUUUGCUGACCCAAUUUACGAUUUCGAAGUUGGACGAUUCUACUCUAUCAUCAGUUCGUACUAUUUUUGGGCUAAUGUUAUGUUGGUUAUAUGUAAAGUGCAAGAAAAUGCUGAGUUUUCAGGAGGCUUGAUUGCUUGGGUCAUUGGUCUGCCAUUUAUUGUGUCUAUCAUGUUGACGACUAAGAAAUCUAAAGUAGACACACUGGUUAGAGCCUAGAACAAGUUUUCAAGUGGAGAGGACGUGUGGAUUCAUAUCAGAUACGUUCUUCAAUUGAUAUCUUAGGCUGAUACUGAUAGAAAUUCAUACAUGCUCUUGAUUGGAUAUAUUGAGAAGCAUAAAGAAACAUGUAAGUUGAAUGAUUGCUAUUUUAAAUAAAGAAGGAAGGCUUAGAACUCAGAAUAAUUGGAUGAUUUGAAAAGAGGAUUGAUUAUUGAAUUAGAUAAGAUGUUUAGGAUGGGAUUGAGAAAAUUCUGGUCAUCAGCAUCUUUACGAAUCUUUUAUGCCUUAUUUUUGAUGGAGAGAAGAAAUAAUAAGAAUGAUGCCUAUAUUCAAUUUAAUUUGGUCUCUCAAAAGAGCAAACCCAAGUUUUUCUAGUAGUUUAUUACCUAUCGAUAUAUGAAGAUUAUCAAAGAUAAAAGUGAUGAUGUUGUGGAUGCAAUUGCAAAUCAAAAUAAUAAAAGUGAACUCUAUUCCAAAAUGAAAAUGGCUGCCUUGUAUUACAAAACCUUUUGGAAUGAACUCAAAGAAGAUUAGCCUAAUCUCGUUAGACUCAUGCAUAUAGGAGCCAUGAUUACUAAAGUGAGCAAUUAAGUAAUGGAGAAACAUUAAGAGAUGAAUAAAAAGAACUCUUUGGGUUUUGCUGAUUUGAAAGCCUUAGCCAACUUCUAUUAUCAAGUGUUCAAUGAUUCUUUUAUGGGUCAGAUACUCAAAAAUCAACAUAAGUUGGCUAAGCAGUAAUUGUAAGUGAAGGUAGAGGAUGAGGAUUUGAUUGAAAAUAACAUUGAAAAGCACCCAAUACCCUUUCUCCAGGUGUGUGCUAGAAAAUCAGAAAUAGGUAAGAUAAUUAAUCUAAAUUCUCUAUUUACAACAUUUUUUGGAUAUCAGAAGGAAGAAUUGAGGGGCAAAUCAAUUAAUAUCCUAAUGCCUAAAGUGUAUGCUGAGUAGCAUGAUAAUUAUCUAAUUGAGUUCUUUGAUAAUAUGUUAAUAAACAUGCAAAAUGAUGGGGAUUAUCCAAGAACAUAUAUUGAUUAAGAACAAUUAUAGUUUUAUAAGCACAGAAAUGGCUACAUCAUACCAUUCAUCUAUAAGGUCAGCUUCAAUAUAGAUUCAUUACAAUAUCUAGUAUGUUUUAAGAGUGAUCCUACUUUUAAGGGAUAAGCCGUCUUCAUUAUAGACUCGGAAACAACUAUAAUAGAGAUGUCUUCGGGAUCAAUCCAAUACUUCGACAUAGAACUCAGGCAUAUUAAAUAGGUAGUGAUUUUGAAUUCCCUUUUGCCCGAUAUAUUGAAUCAAAAUGGGAAGUAAGUGUAAUAUCAUAAGAAUGGUCAGAACAACAUUGAGUCUGUGUAUUACUUCUAAUGUUCAGUUAAGGAAAUAGAGAUUACCUAAAUAAUAAAUGAAAAUCUACUUUUAGAGUUACAAGCAUCAAAAAAGUUAGUAAAAUCAGGAUAUUGGUUGGUUAAGUUGGAGAAGAUCGAUUUUUCUGAUGUCUCAGGUGGAAGAAAGGCUUCAACAUUUAUCAGUAGUGCUAGGGGUUUGUUACCUGGUCAAAGUAGAUAGUCUAUACAAAUUACUUAAAGAUAGUCUAUUUCCAUCACUCAGAAAUUAAUACCCACUCGAGCUAAUCAAACAGUGUAAUCAUUGGAUACAUUAGCACUGCGAAUUGAUACUAAUUUUGAGUACGAUUAGAAUUUGGUGCAGUUUUUGUAAGAUUUAUAUACAGAAUAACGAUAUGAUGAUUACAAAGACAUGAUAAGUUAAUAAGAGGAUUAAUAAACUUAAAUCAAAUUGGAUUAUGGUUCGGAAAUCAGAGUGAGAAGAUUGGUUAAUAAUUAAAUUCUAAAUAUAGAUGAGGAAAAAGAACUAUGGUUUUUAAAGUAAUUGGAAGAAGAAGAAUAAGAAAAUUCUAUAUUCAGAAAUAAUACUAAUUAGGAUGAGCAUGACAAUGAUCAGAAAUUGGUAAGUAACAUGCAAUCACAGAUUAAGAUCAGAAAUGCAUUAUCCUAAAAUCACAGGCAUAGUAAGAUUACUAAGUUUUGCAUCUAUGCUAACAUUUGGAUUGAUUUUAUAGCAUUGAUAACUGCCCUGUAAUAUUACUUCUGUUAAUUAAACUUUGAAGGGUUCACUUCAGAAAUUAAAGCUAUUUAUUAAAUUAAUAAUGAGAUUAUCAAUUUGAAUCUCUUAAUUUCAAGAGCUUUAGAUUUAUGUAUGGAUUAAUAAUUCAAUUUUACUCGAUUGCAAAUUGAAAUCUAAGAAUCAGCUUAAUUAAUCAUCAACUUUGAUUAUGAUCUUAAUCUAGGAUUUUACAGAGUUUACUUUGAUUCAGAAACCAUUAACUUGAGAAUGUAUGAGAAAUCCAAUCAAUAUGAGGAUAUAUAACUAUCUUUGGAGAGUUCUAUACUUUUAAUUACAUCAGAAUGCUUAAAUCUAUCUUUGAGUCAGUAGAAUAACGUAUUUUAGAGUAAUUCAAUUUAAAAUAUCCUUUUUAAUUAUUUUAAUUAGAUACAUGAUCCAUUGAUAAAGAUUUCUUAAAUUCUAUAUGAGGAUGUUAUCUCUUAAGUGUAGUAUCCUGAUUUGAAUUUAUUAAUAUCUUUAUUGGUUUUAUUUAUUGGAACUACAAUUGGUAUGAUUAAAUUCAUAACAUUGAUGUUGGAAAUCAAAAUAGAUAGAGAAAAUGUUAUAUUUCUAUUCUUAGAGAUUCCGCAAAAUGAUGUUUAAAAUUUAUCUAAAAAGGUUGACAAAUUUUUGAAGUUCUAUAAUGAAGAUUUGAAGAAGUUGAAUAAUUUUGAUUAUGAUGAAUCAAGUGAUGAAGACGAAGAAUAACAAUUAAUUGAAUUGCAAUAGCAUGUCGAUGGUUAAGAUAAGAUGAACUCCAAAGCUAUUGAGGAAGACAAUUAAUAUUAGUUAUAAUUGAAGAGGAGAAAGAUCAUUCAAAAAUAUAGAAAAAGCAAACUAAAAGGCAAUUAAGGAAUAAUUGUAUAAUUUCUGUUGAUUGCUUUGUUAACCUUAGUUUUUGCAGUGUAUAACAUUAUCAGUAGUGCAAAUGAGAAAUCUCAAAUUUAAUACUUAUUGCCCCAAUUCUAUUAAAGUUCCAUUUAGAUAGAAAAUUAUGGUUACUACAUCAACCUAUACAAAUUGUCAAGUUUGAAUUCAGAUUUCCAAAUCAACAACAUUUCUAUUUUGACUAAGAUUGCUCAAGACCUUACGAUAUUUACAGGAAAUCAAUUAAACUUUUAAAAUUUUGCUAAAGAUUUAUUAAAUAAAUUACCAGAUCUCAGAAACUUAUUUUUCUCAACCUAUUAUGGAGAUCUUUGUUCCAUAAUUAGUAAAAAUAAUGAUACGAAUUGUUAUUAGAUUAUCGAAGGAAAUCUUCAAUUAGGCAUAUACAAUGUUGAACAAUAUUAUCUACAGUAUUUCAGAAAUGAAAAUCUAAAUGAGGUUGUCUAUAAUGAAGAAAUCUAUGAAAUUGAUCAAUCCUUGUUUUACUAUAUAAAAUAAGCAGUUUCUCAAAUAACAGAUUUUGAAUUGUAAUUUAUGACUAGUUAGAUGUCAACAACUCUAACUAUCUAAUUAAUUUUAGUCAUAAUCUACAUAUUGAUAUUAGAACUAGUGGUCUCGGUGAUAUGGUUAUUAUUUUUACAGAAAUUAAACAUUCAAAUUAACCUGAAUAUGCAAAUGCUAAACAUGAUACCAAUGAAAGUUGUGGAUAACAAUCGCAAAAUCCGAAUGUUCAUUAGAUAAUGCAUCAAAAAGAUGGAGUUGGAAAACACUUGA